AUGCUGCAGCGCGGCACCCCGGGGCGGUCCAAGCCAGCGGAGUUCCUCAGCACGCCAGCGAGGCAAGCGAGGCGGCUGUCGCAGGGCAGCGCUCCGGGCAGCAGCCCAGCGUGGCAGGUGCAGAGUCCGAUGGCUAUUGACGACCAGGUCUUUGGCCAGUUCGCUACUCCGGAGACGCUGCCACAAAAAGGAAAGCUCAGCAUGGGACCAUCGGAUAGGGAACUCCGCAGAGCCAUGACUGAGCCCAAGAGCGGGAGCCAUGACGAUGUCUUGCAGACAUCAGAGGCAUCAGACCGCGCCACGACCAUUCAGGACACUCCACUAGAAUCUGAAGGGCCUUCCCGGGAGGAGGAGACUGAGACGAAUGAGGCGGUUCGGCGGAGUCCCAACCGAAGGGUUUCAAUAAUUUCGAAGAUGGGUGAGCUGGGCGGAGCACUGGCCCAGACCGCGGCGACAGCCGCAGCGACCACUGCGCGGCAGACGGCUGUGACCAUGACGACUCUGACGACUCUCGCCGGCGGCGUCAGCGAGUACACCGACAACAUGUUCGCACCGACCACAUCCAAGGGCCUAGCCAAGCAUGUUCAAACGGAUGAGGCAAGCUUUAACCUGUUCCUGGACCAGGUGAUUAAAGCACAUGUGGAAGGCGGGGCCGAUCCACGACAUCGGCGAGGAAAGGAUAAGCGCGACUUGACCGGCAUUCUCGAAGGCGAUGUGUCUGGAGGAUUCUUCCAAAGAUGUCCUCGGACACAAGCCCUUUGCUACAAGUUCUGCGUCCGAGCUGAACACUCGGUGCUUUUCGGGCUAUUUUGCUGGGCCUUCCUCCUGCUGCACUGCAUCGCACUUGUACAGGUUGCCAACAAAGCAGGGAGCGAAGAGUUCUGGUACACUGUAUCGGAGAGCUACAUGGCUUUCUUCAUCCUCGAGUUGAUUGUUCGUAUUGCUGCGGCCCCAAACCGCUAUUUCUGGCAAUCUGGUUUCGUAGUGCUUGACAUUGUCCUUGUGCUGGCCUCCGUCGUAGAAGCAUUGCUACCAUCAAUCUCGGAUCAGUUUUCGCGAGGCCAGUUCACGCUACUGAUCUUGCAUGUUCUUCGCUUUCUCAGGGGCCUUCAGUCGCUGAAUAUGCCCGAAUCAGCCAGUGCUGUCACGGCUUGCUUCGGCGGCCUGCUUCCGGUGUUCGUCUUUGUCCUCCUUGGAUGCAUUUGGAGUUUCCUGGCAAUUGUUUGGUAUCUCGUCUUCAACAACACCACCACCCAGCCCAUCCAAUUCAGCGACUUCGGAUCCUCUGUGCUGACCCAGUUCUAUCUGGCCUGCCAUGGAACGGACUGGGACCGCAUUACUUCGCAACUUACCGCGGAAGGAACUCAGACCGCCUCAGCCAUUGCGCUAGCGUUUGGCAUCGUCCUUACAUCGGUUGUCUUCUUUACAGCCAAUGCGGCCGUUAUCCUGUUUCACGAGCUUGCUGAUAAGGGGAUUGCGGAAUACCGCGAGUACGAUCGGUCCCAGCAGAUGAGGAGGAGGCUGCUGGGCCUCCACCGGUUUGAGCAUUCGUUGAAAGCUGCUGCAUGCCGAAAUGGUGGAGUAACAGACGACUCUUGGGCUGAGUGGCUGAUGCAAUCCCGGAGCAGGCUUGAGAGUACCCUCGAGGAGCUUCAGAACAACGAGCUCCGAGUUCUGAGUCUGUCAGUGACUGAAAUCCUCCAGCUCUACGAUCACUUGUUCGAGGUCAACCACGGAGAUUGCAGAGUUUCAGAGCUGCUUUUCGGGAUCCUUCGCAUGAUCAGCCCGGCGGAGGUGGCCGAGUUUCUGCAGGUGGACCACUUGCAGAAGCAAUGUACACAGGUCGCCGAGGCCGCAGCGAUCAAAAUUGAGCGUGAGGUCGAAACCAGCCGACAGCAUCUUGAUGUCAUGGAACAAAGUGUCUCGAGACUUCGGACGCAGCUCCAGAAGCUGCGAUCGCAAGCAGGCACAGCGAAGCAGGAGCUGAAAGGAAUGGUCUCGGAGGUCGAGCAGCAGUACCAGGAUUGCAUUGAUAGUGUCAACCAGGCAGCAUCCAUACGACGGCUCCACCUCCAACUCACGCACAAGAACUCCCGGCAGGAGGUCUUCAACGAAGUCUACGAUGCACAGAGGUCUCUGUCACGGCUCUACUAUUUCAACCACUACUGCACUGCCUUCGGGUUCCCUUCGGUGGGUUCCGAAGCGGCUUGGGCUCAGGCAGCCGAGGACUCGAGGCGCGCCUUCGGCGACUCCCGGCACUUCGACAAAACGACUAGACUUCUGCAAGCCGAAGUCAAGAAACGUGUCGAGACCAGAUUGAAGGAGCACUUGAAGUUGCGCACAGACCCGGCGCGCAUCACGCAGCGGGGCAGCCCUGCUGCCAUGCUCUUUUCCACACCGGGGUCGGGAGGUGUGACGCCAUGCAAACCCAUCUCCACGCCGUCCAGACUUAUUGACAUUAGAACUCCCUUGAGACCAUGCUCGAGGCAACGAAGCAAGGAGUUUCAAGACGAUGUGCGAGUUGCCCUCGAAGAGCAGUCGGCAGAGCUUCUACGUGUAGCAUUGCAGCGUCGACACGCGUGUCCGCGCGAUCACGCUCUGCAUGAAGCAGUUCGCCAGGCAGGUUUCGACCGAAGCCUAAUGAUCGACAUCUCAGACGACUUACUCGGCAGUGGUUUAUGCGUGUGGAACGUGGAUUAUCGGUCCGUUGGCUCUGGCGGCGGCUAUCCGAGCACCCUGGAAGACGUGGCCUCUGCUUUCAACUGGCUCGGUAGCGAUGAAGCUGUCUCACUGGGAGUUCACCCAAAUCUCCCGGUAGGAAUAGUCGGGCACUCCGCAGGGGGCCAUUUAGCAGCCUGGCUGGCCAUCCAGGGCCUUCUGGACCGCUCCGACUUCGACCUGUCGGGUGACAUCAAACCGCGGAUCGUGGUCGCGCAAGCGGGUGUUCUAGAUCUGAAGGGAGCUUAUGAGGCGAAUCUCGGCAGAAGUGCCGUCCGCGACUUCAUGGGCACCCCGCCAGCAUCCGCAGCUUCUCGCAUGUUGGCUGCUUCCAACGGUGCUGUGUUGGACAUCGUUGCAAGCCCGGCAGAUGAUGCUGAUCUGCGUUACUCGAGGGCCGAUCCGACAGAGCUUUUGAGAAAGGUAUCUGCUGCACGGCUGACAUCUGGCGCGCCCGUCUUUGCACUUGUCCAUGGUCAGGGCGAUGACAUAGUACCAACUGCUCAAAGUGUGGCCUUUCAAUCGGCGCUGCGACAGUGCAAUGGUUCAGAUCAGUGCAUUUGCAACCUAAUCCGUGGAGAGGGUCACUUCGAGCAUUUGCACCCAAUUCACUUGCAGGGCAACUGUGCUGCGACGCGGCUCCUCUUGCAAAACAUGGCUGAACCCAACGAGCGUUGUCGGGCAUUGGAGCGGGGCUGCGAGCUCCCAUUGCAGCUUGCGCUCUCCUCCAACCUUGUACGCGCCAGCGAGCGGCAGCAGAUGGUGGAGCUCCUUCUUCAAGCGCGAGCCGAUCCGGAGCUUCGGCGCAGCGAUGCUGAGGGCAGCCCACCUCUUCAUGAUGCUGUGCGUCUAGCAGAUGCUGGGAUCGUGGAGCUUCUUCUCAGGCAUCGAGCAGAUCCCAACUCCCGCAAUUCCUUCUCCGAGGCACCUCUGGAUCUCGCGCUAGGAGGAAGCCGUUUCUUGAGCGUGGAUCUGUCCUUGAGCCUGGUGGAGGUCCUUUUGAAGUGGGGCGCAUGUCCCACAGGGUUAAGUGGGGAAGCCACUUGCCAACGAACUGAAGGAGUGAAGAUGCACGAAGGCUCUCCAGUAAGUGAUGAUGCGGCGCUGGUGCCUGAAAUCCAAAUCUUGCUGUCCAAGUGGACGGCUUGGUGGCGGCUCCGAAUGCUAGCCUGGAUACGCUCCAGAGGCAGGGUCGGAGCAUGCAGACACAUCUCAAGCAACAAAGAUGCAUAUCGAACCCUGAUCUGGGAGAGGGGCAGGUCGAGUCCGAGUUUGAUGCGAGUCUCCGUGAAUUGCGCAGGGCAAGAUAUGCGCGAGCGGAAAGCAUGCCUUUCCCUGAUAAUUUCCCAACAGGUACCGAUACUUUCCAGCAAAAGCGGAAGCAGACGACACAACUUGGCAGCCAGUACUCGUAGUUACGUAGUUGCGCAGAGCACAUCCAGACGCUACAGUUGUCUCGCAGCCACGCAAUCUUUGGUGUCGGCACCUUCUUCGCAAGAGUCGUGUGUCGUCGCAUAA